AUGGGUGACUUUGUCAAAAUGCACAAAGAAGCUUCAGGACAGGAGGCAGAUCGGGGCAGCUGUGCUUUUCUAAGACCAAAGUUGGGAAAACAGUAUGAAGCUUCCUGUGUGUCCUUUGAGCGUGUUUUGGUGGAGAGCAAGUUGCAUGGUCUCUCACCUGCUCUCUCUGAGGCCAUCCAGAGCAUAACACGUUGGGAACUGAUACAGGCUGCUUUGCCACAUGUACUCCACUGUACAGCUACACUACUGUCAAACCGGAAUAAACUUGGCCAUCAAGAUAAACUUGGUGUUGCAGAGACAAAGCUUCUCCACACACUGCAUUGGAUGCUCCUGGAUGCUCCUUUUGAAUGCAGCAAUGAGACUGCAACUGCCUUUGGGACUUCACGAGGAGGAGGGUCCAGCUGGUCUGGAAGCAGCAGCGCUUUUGUUCACCAAGUGGAGAAUCGUGGGUCUCCAGGCCAGCCUGGACAAGGAAGUGUCACAGAGGAGGAGGAGCAUACAAGACCCAAGCUAUUCACAAACUCGAUGGCCACUGUCGAAUUGUUCGUCUUCUUGUUUGCACCUCUUGUCAAUAGAAUUAAGGAAUCAGACCUUACCUUUCGCCUGGCUAGUGGUCUUGUGAUUUGGCAGCCAAUGUGGGAGCACAGGCAUCCUGAAGCACCAGCAUUUACUGCUUUGGUAAAACCGAUCAGAAAUAUUGUUACAGCUAAACGAACUUCACCCUUAAACAACAGAGGAACAUCUUGUGACUCUGAUAAAGCUGGAAAAACAGAUUUCCAAGUGGUUUGUGAGACUGUUCAGCUUGACUCUGUACCUCCAGAGACCAGGAAGCAAAGCUGCCAUCAAAGAAAUUCAUUUGAAACAGCAGAAGCCUCUCAGGACAAAGGAACCUCAAACUCCAGAACUUCAAUGACCAUACCACUAAGUCAGAAAUCUCGGUAUGCCACCUAUUUUGAUGUUGCCGUAAUGCGCUGUCUGCUGCAGCCCCAUUGGUCUGAAGAAGGUAUUCACUGGGCACUGAUGUAUUCCUUACAAAGGCUUCGACAGAUUCUAGAGGAGAAGCCAGAUAGACCCUCUGAGCCUGAAAUAACUCACUUACCCAGACCACGCAGUAGUUCCAUGGUAGCUGCAGCUCCUUCGCUGGUUAACACUCAUAAAACACAGGAUCUUACUAUGAAGUGCAAUGAAGAGGAAAAAUCCCUCAGUUCUGAAACAUUUUCUAAGGUGUCUGUGACAAACUUGAGACGACAAGCUGUUCCAGACCUUUCUAGUGACCUUGGAAUGAAUAUCUUCAAAAAGUUCAAGACUCGGAAAGAGGAGCGUGAGCGGAAAGGCUCGAUCCCCUUCCAUCACCCGGGUAAAAAGCGGCAGCGGCGAAUGGGGAUGCCAUUCCUCCUUCAUGAGGAUCAUUUAGAUGUGUCACCAACCCGAAGCACGUUUUCAUUUGGAAGCUUUUCUGGAGCUGGAGAAGAAAGGCGUGGUUUGGAGAGAGGCGGGUGGCAAGCUACAAUACUGGGGAAAUUUACACGCCGAGGGAGUUCAGAUACAGCAACAGAAAUGGAAGGCAUGAGUGCUAAGCAUUCCCAUUCCCAUCAUACCUUGCUGAGUGAUAUACCUGAUCACUCCAACAGUCAUGGAGAUAACACAGUUAAAGAAGUGAGGUCACAAAUUUCCACAAUUACUGUAGCCACUUUCAACACCACAGUCGCUUCCUUCAAUGUGGGAUAUUCUGAUUUCUUCAGUGAACACAUGCGAAAGUUGUGUAACCAAGUGGCUAUACCUGAACUGCCCCAUGAGCCACUGGCAUGUGCCAACCUGCCUCGAAGUCUGACUGAUUCCUGUAUCAACUACAGCAGCCUUGAGGAAACAGAAAACAUGGAAGGCACUAACUAUUUUGUCAAGAAAAAUGGAAUGCUUGAUCUUGGGGUCAUUCUUAAAGCGUUGUUUGUGGUACUUAACCACGAGAUCAGUUCUCGUAUAUGUGAUGUGGGGCUAAAUAUCAUUGACUGCCUACUGCAGCUGGAAGUGGUUCCUUCAGGAGAUAAAACUUACAAAACUGAAGAAAAUAAGGAGAAUAACGCCGAUGAGAAAUGGCGGAAAGAAGCAGUCAGCCAGCGAGCAGCACCAGCAGGAUCAUCCGGGGCAUUUGGAGCGCCACCAGAGGAUGGAAAUGGAAGUGCAAGUGGAGGUGGAGACAGUGGCGGAGGAGGUGGAGGUGGUGGUGGAGAUGAUGGAGACAAAAAGAGCAAAAACCAGGAGGAGGAUGAAGAUACCGCGGGCAACAUUCAUAAACUUACUUUAACAAUGCUGAUCAAAAUAGUGAAGUCACUGGGAUGCGCAUAUGGUUGUGGUGAGGGCCACCGUGGGCUGUCAGGAGAUCGCCUCCGCCUUCAAGCACAGAACUGUCUUACUAAAUUGUACAAACUUAGCAAAGUACAGUUUCGUCAAACUCUGCGGGAAUAUGUGAACAAGGAUUCCUUGAACAAUGUAGUGGACUUCUUGCAUGCGUUGCUAGGGUUUUGCAUGGAACCAGUUACUGACACACUAGGUAUUCAGAUCCGAUCAGCUGGGGGUUGCAACGUCCACUUUAGGCGCCCCAGCCUCUUUGAAACAGGAAAAUUGGUGGCUCCAAUCGGGAGGCCUACCACAGACAAGGCUGGAUUUGGAAAUAAUUUUACCACUGGGGAUAGUAAAUCAGCUGCACGAAGUAUGGAAGCAAUAAUUGUGAGCUGCAUGUUCAAGCCUCUGAUCACACGAUGUGCAUCCACUACACAUGAAUUGCACAGUGCUGAGAAUCUGGGGCUAUAUUGUGACAUUCGUCAACUUGUUCAAUUCAUCAAAGAGGCCCAUGGGAAUGUUUUUAGAAGGGUGGCACUAAGUGCUCUCCUUGAUAGUGCAGACAAGGUAACACCAGGCAAGAAACCUGAAGAAACUGAAGAAAAAAAAGUGUCAGUCAGCAAAAGAGUUGAAGGAGGAUUAAGCACUGAUAAAGCUCAGGCCUCAGCGGCACCAGAUGAAUGCCGAAGUCUUGUCUCCAGUCGUCCUCCUCAGACUCCAGAGCAUGAAGAACAAAUUCCAGGAGCUCUUUUGGGUCGAAAAGACUUUUGGCGCAAAAUGUUUAAGUCUCAAAGUGCUGCGAGCGACACAAGCAGCCAAUCUGAGCAAGACACCUCUGAAUGCACAACGGCUCAUUCUGGAACCACCACAGACAGACGCUCACGGUCACGGUCUAGAAGAAUUUCUCUGAGAAAAAAACUCAAACUUCCCUUAGGAAACUGGCUGAAACGUUCUUCGUUGUCAGGGUUAACUGAUGGUGUUGAAGACCUCCUGGACAUAAGCUCUGUAGACAGAUUGUCAUUUAUACGGCAGAGUUCAAAGGUUAAGUUUAACAGUGCAGUUAAGCUCUCAGAAGCUGAGGGCUUGGAGGAUGGACGAGAUGAAGAGGAGAACUUCUUCAAGCGUCUUGGUAAAUGGCGCUCUGGGCGAAGGAAUCCAUCUAAGCUUCAUCACGCAGAAGAAAAAGAUGGCUGUCGUAGCUUUGAAGAACACCUUGCAGCCAGCCAAGAAGGAAGUAAAAAUAAAAAUAUUGUGAAUCUUGGAGCGAUUAGACAGGGAAUGAAACGGUUCCAGUUCCUUUUAAACUGCUGUGAACCUGGCACAAUUCCUGAUGCCUCCAUCCUUGCUGCAGCUCUUGACCUGGAAGCACCCGUGGUAGCAAGGGCAGCACUAUUCCUGGAGUGUGCCCGGUUUGUACACCGUUGCAAUCGUGGAAACUGGCCAGAAUGGAUGAAGGGACAUCACGUUAAUAUCGCUAAAAAGGGUUUAUCCCGAGGAAGAUCACCUGUGGUUGGAAAUAAGCGUAAUCAGAAAUUACAGUGGAAAGCAGCAAAACUCUUCUGCCAGUGGGGUGAGGCUAUUGGGAACAGGCUGAAUGAACUGUGCCAUACAGAGAGUGAAAGCCCAGCAAACAUACUGAGUUUCAUUUAUGAUGAUGAGACUAAACGAAGAUUGAGGAAAGAAGAUGAAGAAGAAGACUACCUUGACGACAAUACUGUUAACCCCACCAAAUGUGGCUGUCCAUUUGCAUUAAAGAUGGCGGCAUGCCAACUUCUUCUAGAGAUAACAACAUUCCUUCGGGAAACCUUUCCCUGUUUGCCUCGACCACGUACGGAGCCUCUUGUUGAUUUGGAAAGCUGCCGACUCCAUCUGGAUCCUGAACUAGAUCGGCACAGAUAUGAACGGAAAAUCAGUUUUGCUGGAAUUAUUGAUGAUGAUCAAGAUUCAAAGGAUUCGCCACAUAGCAGCAGUCAUACCCUCAAAUCGGAUACAGCCUGUGAAGAGAAAAAAGGAGCAAGCAGAAAAGUAAGACCAGGAGGCUCACGUCUACUUCAGAUAAAGGGGGCACGAAGUUUUCGAGUAAAGAAGGGUGGUUCCUUAUCAAGCAUACGCCGAGCUGGAAGCUUGAAGAGCACAAAGCUUUCACGGCAGGACUCUGAGUCUGAAAAUGAAGAAGUUCUAUUAUCUCAAAGCCAUGACACAGUUACUGACAUUGGCAGCCCCUGGAGUACAAGUGAACCUAGUAUUGAACCAGAAGGACUGAGCACAGUUGGAACAGAAGAAAAUUACCAUAGAAACAUGACAUGGUUGCCAGUUAUGAUUUUACUGUGCAGCCAACAAAGCUUCAUCUGCUGCCAUAUUGAUUACUGCCACCCUCGCUGUUAUCAGCAUCACAGCCGAUCUUGCGCUCGGCUUGUGCGGGCAAUCAAGCUCCUGUAUGGAGACACUGUGGAUUCAGUCCGAGAUGAUGACACUACAAACAAAGUAGGCUUGAGGGCCAAGAAAUCGAAAGAGUGCUCUGAGAAAUCAUGUUUACGUACACCUUCUUUAAAAAAACGAAUACCUGUUACAAGUUUGGAAGGAAAAAAGGAUUCUGGAAUGUUGAAAUAUAUCAGGACUCAGGUGAUGAGUCUGUCUCCAGCCCCACUGUCUUUGUUGAUCAAAGCAGCUCCUAUACUGACUGAAGACAUGUACAAUGAUGUACAGCCUGCAGCAUGGGAACUUCUCCUCAGUGUGGAUGAACACAUGGCUGCUGCAGCUGCGGCCAUGUUCCUAUUGUGUGCAGUUAAAGUACCUGAUGCUGUAUCAGAUAUGAUGAUGUCUGAAUUUCACCACCCAGAAGCAGUACAACGCAUCAAUGCCAUUGUGAAAUUUAAUACACUCUGGAGAUUCAGGUACCAGGUUUGGCCACGUAUGGAAGAAGGUGCUCAGCAGAUCUUUAAGAUUCCACCACCAAGUAUAAACUUCACCUUACCUUCUCCAAUUUUGGGUAUGCCAUCUAUACCGAUGUUUGAUCCACCUUGGGUUCCCCAGAGUACUGGCCGUGUGCAGGAUCCAAUCAGUGAAGAUCAGUCUAAAUCGUUUUCCGCUCGUGCGGUUUCCCGGUCCCACCAGCGAGCUGAGCAUAUUUUGAAGAACUUGCAGCAGGAAGAGGAGAAGAAGCGACUUGGUCGUGAGGCCAGCCUGAUCACAGCCAUUCCUGUCACACAAGAGGCCUGCUAUGAACCGAGCAACACGCCACCUCCCGAACUGGAGGAGGAAGUUGAAGAUGCGGCUAAUUUAGCUUCCCGCCGACUGUCUGUCAGUCCAUCCUGCACGUCCAGUACAUCCCAUAGAAAUUACUCAUUCCGUCGAGGCUCGGUAUGGUCAGUACGGUCAGCAGUCAGCGCUGAAGAUGAAGAAGACGCCACAGAGAAUACUCCAACACAUCAUGUAAUACAGCCUCCCCAGGCUGUAUUUCCUGCAUGCAUCUGUGCUACUGUGCUGCCAAUUGUUCAUCUCAUGGAGGAUGGAGAGGUACGAGAAGAUGGAGUGGCAGUGAGUGCUGUAGCACAACAAGUGCUGUGGAACUGUUUGAUUGAAGACCCUGCCCUCGUCCUGCGCCAUUUUCUGGAGAAGCUCACUAUUAGCAAUCGUCAGGAUGAAUUGAUUUACAUGCUGCGAAAACUGUUGUUAAAUAUUGGAGAUAUGCCAGCUCAAACCUCCCACAUUCUCUUCAACUACCUGGUUGGUCUGAUCAUGUAUUUUGUCCGCACUCCUUGUGAAUGGGGCAUGGAUGCAAUCUCAGCCACUGUCACCUUCCUGUGGGAGGUUGUUGGUUAUGUCGAAGGACUUUUCUUCAAAGACCUCAAACAGACAAUGAAAAAGGAACAGUGUGAAGUCAAACUGCUGGUUACAGCCUCUAUGCCAGGCACAAAGACUUUAGUUGUCCAUGGACAAAAUGAAUGUGAUAUUCCAACGCAACUUCCUGUUCAUGAGGAUACACAGUUUGAAGCUGUUCUCAAGGAGUGCUUGGAAUUUUUUAAUAUUCCUGAAGCUCAGUCAAACCACUACUUUUUGAUGGAUAAGCGUUGGAACCUGAUACAUUAUGCAAAAACGUACGUACGAGAUAUUUAUCCAUUUCGGCGAUCAGUCUCACCACAGUUAAACCUUGUCCAUAUGCUUCCUGCAAAAGGGCAAGAACUGAUCCAGAAACAGGUCUUUACUCGGAAACUGGAGGAGCUCGGUCGGGUAAUGUUUCUGAUGUCACUUACGCAGCACAUACCUUCCGCACACAAGCAAUCCCAUGUAUCCUUGUUGCAAGAGGAUCUUCUCAGGCUUCCAUCAUUUCCUCGAAAUGCAGUUGAUGCAGAAUUUUCACUGUUCGCUGAUCCUCAAGGUAAAGAAUUAUUUGGACUGGAUACCCUUCACAAGAGUAUGUGGAUCAAACUAUUGGAGGAGAUGUUUUUGGGUAUGCCCAGCGAAUUUCCCUGGGGAGAUGAGAUUAUGCUCUUCCUGAACGUCUUUAAUGGGGCUUUAAUCCUUCAUCCCGAAGAUAGUGCGUUGCUUCGUCAAUAUGCUGCUACAGCUAUCAAUACUGCAGUGCACUUCAACCAUCUUUUUUCUCUGAGUGGCUAUCAGUGGAUCCUUCCUUCCAUGCUUCAGGUCUAUGCUGAUUAUGAAAGCAAUCCAUUGCUACGCCAAGCAAUUGAAUUUUCUUGUCGACAGUUUUAUAUUUUGCAUCGAAAGCCUUUUAUUCUCCAAUUGUUUGCGAGUGCAGCACCCUUACUGGAGUUCUCAGAUGUUACAACGAGUGGAUCGGCCAAAGGUGUGUCUUCUCAAUGUCUGUUUGACCUUUUGGUGUCUUUGGAGGGUGAUACACAAGAUACGUUGGAUGUACUGGAAUUAGUGAAAGCUGAGAAACCACUCAAAUCUCUUGAUUUCUGCUAUGGAAAUGAAGAUCUUGCCUUCUCUAUCAGUGAAGCUAUAAAGCUAUGUGUUACUGUAGUUGCAUACGCACCGGAAUCACUUAGAAGUCUUCAAAUGCUGAUGGUGCUCGAGGCACUGGUUCCCUGCUACUUGCAGAAACUGAAGAAGCAAACCAUUCAAUUGGAGUCAUCAUCCGCAGCACGGGAUGAAAUCACUGCUAUUGCUUCACUAGCCACAUCCUUACAAGCCCUAUUAUAUAGUGUUGAAUCUCUCACCAGACCAAUGACAGCUCCUCAAAUGAGCAGAUCCGACCAAGGUCAUAGGGGAGCUCCGACAGCCAACCACGCCAUGUCUGGAGGGGCCAAUACGAGAGAUAACCUUCAUUUGUUAGAAGAGGGCCAGAGUCUGCCAACUGAAGAACUGGAUGAGCGUAUAGCAAGAGAGGAAUUUCGCAGGCCUCGGGAGUCUGUACUAAACAUUUGCACUGAAUUCUUCAAGCACUGCGGCCCUAGGUUGAAAAUUCUUCAGAAUAUGGCUGGAGAACCAAGGGUUACCACUCUUGAAUUACUUGAUGUGAAGUCACAUAUGAGGUUGGCCGAAAUUGCACAUUCCCUUCUAAAGCUUGCACCAUAUGACACCCAAACAAUGGAGAGCCAUGGGCUUCGGAGAUACAUCAUGGAAAUGCUUCCAAUCACCGACUGGACUGCAGAAGCUGUGCGGCCAGCUCUCAUUCUAAUCUUAAAGAGAUUAGAUCGGAUGUUUAAUAAGAUUCACAAGAUGCCAACCUUAAGGCGCCAGGUGGAGUGGGAAGCCGCAAGCAGUUUAAUUGAAGGCAUUUGUAUCACCCUCCAAAGGCAGCCAAUCAUUUCAUUCCUGCCGCAUCUCAGGUCAUUGAUUAAUGUUUGUGUCAAUUUGGUAAUGGGUGUGGUUGGACCUUCCAGUGUUGCCGAUGGCCUGCCUCUUCUGCACUUGAGUCCAUAUCUUUCUCCACCGCUACCUUUCAGCACAGCUGUUGUUAGGCUCGUCGCAUUACAGAUUCAGGCUUUGAAAGAAGACUUCCCAUUAAGUCAUGUGAUUUCCCCGUUUACUAAUCAAGAAAGAAGGGAAGGCAUGCUCCUGAAUCUUCUGAUACCGUUUGUGCUAACAGUUGGAACGGGGAGCAAAGACAGUCCGAAUUUGGAGCAGCCUGAGGUUUUUCUGCUGUUACAGACCGUAAUCAAUAUCCUCCUCCCACCACGAAUAAUCAGCACUUCCCGCAGCAAGAACUUCAUGCUGGAAAACUCUCCAGCCCACUGCUCCACCCCAGGGGAUGCUGGGAAGGAUCUUCGCCGAGAAGGGUUGGCGGAAUCCACGAGUCAGGCUGCUUACUUAGCAUUAAAGGUGAUCCUCGUCUGCUUUGAGCGCCAUUUGGGUAGUCAAUGGUACAAACUUAGUUUGCAAGUUAAAGAAAUGGCACUGCGGAAAGUUGGCGGUCUGGCGAUGUGGGAUUUCAUUGACUUUAUCGUGAGAACAAGAAUCCCUAUCUUCAUUCUUCUGCGCCCUUUUAUCCAAUGUAAGCUGUUAAGUCAACCAGCAGAAAAUCAUGAAGAAAUGACUGCAAGACAUCACAUUGUGGACCAGCUCGAGCGCCGGUUCAUUCCGAGACCACUCUGCAAGAGCUCACUAGUUGCUGAGUUUCACAGUGAAUUAAAAAUCCUGAAGGAGGCCGUGCACAGUGGAUCAGCAUACCAAGGCAAACCUUCCAUCAGCACUGUGGGAACCUCCACAUCAGCUUACCGCUUGAGUCUGGCCACCAUGUCUCGUUCAAACACGGGGACAGGCACUGUGUGGGAGCAGGACAGCCAACCUUCUCAUCAGGCCUCUCAGGACACACUAAGCAGGACUGAUGAGGAGGAUGGUGAAAAUGACACCGUAAGCAUGCCCAGCGUUGUUAGUGAACAGGAAGCAUAUUUGGCUAGCAGUAGUAGAGGGCGUCGUCGAUUUUCAAGUCAUGUCUCGAGCAUAUCUGCUCCUCAGCCAGACUCGGGCCUCAGAAUUUUGCCCAGUAACAGUGAACCUAAUGUCCUCGAUGAAUCCCAGGGGCUGGCUGCUGAGAUUAACCUUUCUAGGGUAGCAAGCGUUCAAAGUGAACCUGGGCAGCAAAAUCUGCUUAUACAACAACCAUUGGGCAGAAAGAGAGGUCUCCGGCAGCCACGCCGUGCUCUGCUCUCUCGUCCAAAGUUACAAGCUGAAGUAAGAGGACGGCAGGGUGCCCGGUUGUCCACAACAAGACGCAGCAUUCAGCCAAAACCCAAAUCACUGGAGCAAAAGAGGUCAGUAACCUUCACUGAAAUGCAACAGGAUACCCUGGCUCCUCAGCAACAAGCAACAAUCGCCGAGGGGAAGGAAAACGCUGCAGAGCAGGCCGAGGGCAGCAAAUCAGAAUCAGCUGGGGCAUCAGCGCCUGCCACUUCACCAGUUUCAGCAGCACCGCCUAGAUCCCCUUUAAUUCAGGAUCCAAGCAAUCGAGACCACAGCCGCAGCCAGAUGAAGUCAACAUAUUCAGACUCUGAAAACAAAGAUUUAAAGAUAGAUACAAUGCUGACAAUACAAACAGAAUCUGCACAUCAGGCCCCUGUCUCUGCCAGUGAUGACCUUACAGGGCUUGAAGCAAGCAGCUUACUUGAACAUACGGACACUGUCCUGCAUAUCAGUGAAGAGAAUGUUCCAGAAAACCCUCUUCGUUCUGAUCAAUUCAAUUUGUUGCAUAUGGAAACUGGUAAGAUUGACAAAAGUCUGGAUGAUUCCCAUACCUGAGGCCAUUCUUUUCUUGAACUAGCCCAUCCAUUGUCCUACAUUAUUACUGUGGUUCAAAUGCUUUGAUUCCUGUCUUCUUUAGUAAGUAAUAACGUACCUUGUUUGCCUGUCGUUUGUGUUUACUUAAUUAGUUUUGUGUGUUUAUCAGCGCAUUUAUUUCCUAAAUCUGCUAAUGAUCCAAGGAUAUUAAUUUAUUCUUGAUGUUUCAAGAUAUCCAGUAUUUUUAUAAAGUAAACAUUUUAGCUGAAAUGUUAGUUGCCAUUAAGUUUCACUCUCAUGAUCUGUUAAAAGUAUAUGCGCAUUGAAAAAACCUUAUGUUAAAAGAAUUUGUUGAUUCAGUAGCAACCAAAUAAUAAUGUGCCAUCGUAUUGAGUAAUCUAGUCAUUGAAACACAAAAGCUGGUUAAUCAAUUAUAAACCACAAAUGUAAUGUUGCAGUGAUUUCACGUGUGUCUCGUGUUCGUUUCAGCAUUAUGCCAUUUUAAAGUGGAAACUUUCAUAACUACAUAUGCCUUUAAAUGUAUUACAUGAUAGUUUGAUGUAAAUGCAAAUGAACUAGUUUGAUAUCAAAAGUCAGCUUAUAAUGACAAAAUAUUGAAUGCAUUUAACGUACAAUUGAGCCUAAAUUAUCUGCCUUCCUUCUCAGAAUUAUUGCAGAGCAAAGCCUUGCAAUGUGAUGUUGUGUCAGUGUAAUGUCAAUGCUUAAAGAUUGUACUUCAGAUUUUUUUCAAUACUACUUGCUUUCUUUCCAUCUUACAGUAUGCAGCAUCAAAAUGUGAAGGUUUUAAAUUAUCGGCAAGGAAAAGUUUGUGCUCUAUUAUGGCAGAUAAUACCAGUUCUGUUGUACUGUAUUUUAAUGUGACGGCCAUCUUCAGAUCACACAACUGAAGUAGACAACCUGAGCUGGUUGGAAAAAAAAUAUUUUUGAUUCAAUAAGGACCUGCCUCUGUGCAGUUUAUUUCAUUUUUUUUUGGGGGGGGGGGGGAGGUGGGAGAAUAGUUAGUUUUUCCUUGUAAUUUAGUUUUGAAGACAAUACUUUUUUCCUCCCAUUCUUUUUCCCUACCAGUGAUAUCUUGAUAGGUCUCUCAUUCCCUUUGGCCAGGAAAAUGGACAGUCACCAAAGUCCAAACCAGUCAUAUUAAGUGAUGCUUAUAUGUUAAUCCACCAAUUGAUUGAGCCAUCUUUUGUAAGUGAGUCCCAAAACAAAAGAGUAGGGGCUCAGUUUUGACUUCUGGCAGGAGUUAUAAAACCAGGAGAUGAGAAAAAGUACACACCCUCCAGCCCUCUUUAUCAUGAGGGCUACAAUUCCUAAACUGUUUUGGUCUCCCCUGUAUAGAGACAUAAUCUUUCACCCAAAUCCACAAGGAAACCCGAAGGUGGCUGAAUAAAGAUUUGAAUAGGAGGAGGAUGCAGUCUUAGAUCCAAUGGAACAGAUUUAAACAUAUGGGUAUUCUUAGGCCAUGCCAGGUUUGACCAGUCAUCUUCAUGUACAGCAGUCUUUAAAAAGAAAGCUAGAGGUGGCUGACGAUGGCUCAUUUUUUAAAAGUUUACCUUAAUACUGAUGGAGCUGGAGUACCUCCACAUUAAUGUUGUGGGCUGUUGCUGGACCACACAGCCCAAUGCCCCUUAAUUGCCUGAUUUAUUCCAGUGGCAGCCCCAUAAAUUUAGGGCAGUCCUACACAUACAAAAAGAUAGUAUUCAGCAGGAUGAUCAUUUCAUACCCAUUGU